AUGGCUACUGAAACCGUUCCUUCCCCUUCCAUGAAACUCCUGUUUGUUGAAAUGGGAGUUGGUUAUGAUCAACACGGGCAAGAUAUUACCUCAGCUGCUAUGCGGGCUUGUAGAGAUGCUAUAUCUUCCAAUUCCAUUCCUGCCUUCAGGAGAGGUUCAAUCCCUGGUGUUUCAUUUAAUGAGAUGAAGCUACAGAUUAAGCUGGGAGUUCCUCAUGCACUUCAGAAUUCACUGGAUAUUGAGAAAGUGAAAUCUGUUUUCCCUUAUGGAAAAAUUUUGAAUGUUGAGGUUGUGGAUGGUGGACUUAUCUGCUCAAGCGGUGUGCUCGUAGAAGAUAUGGGUGAUAAGAAUGAGGACUGUUAUAUUGUCAACGCUGCAGUUUAUGUUGGCUAUUGA